AUGAGCAAAUCAAGCAAUUAUCGCUUUAGUCUAGCGGUCGGUGUGCUACUGGUCCACAUUGUCGUGGUUUGCGGCAAGCUGGAACCGAUACACCACAACUGGACCCGGUCGGAAAUAAUGGAUGCAAACGGGCUAUACCUGCUCGAGUGGAAGGUCGAUCACAAGGACAUUAUUUUCACGGUAACGGUCAACACACGUGGCUUCAUCGGGUUAGGAUUCUCACACAAAAGCGAACGGAUGAGCGGGUCGGAUCUAGUGCUGGUCUGGGUGGAUGAUCGGACGGGGAAGCCGAGUGUGUUGGACUGUCACGGUGGUAAAGAUGCGCAUCGAGCACCGAUUCAGGAUGACACGCAAAAUUACCACGUGGAAAGCGGAUUCCAAAAUCAAACCCACACCAUCGUUACGUUCCACCGGGCACUGGAAACGUGCGAUCCGCAUGACGUGAUAAUCGGGACCGACACAAUGAAAGUGCUGUGGUCGUACGGAGACCGAGACCCGGUUCAUGGCGACCUAAAGGAUCACGGAAAAAACCGCGGGGCCCGAUCGAUACAAUUCCUCGGUCCGCUGUUUAAAAAACCAACGGAUCCGGCACUGCGACAUGACAUCCGCCAAUGGGAUGUGACUGUGAAAAACGUUUCCAUCGAUGCCAGCAUGGAUACGCUGUACUGGUGUAAAAUUUUGAAGGCACCCACCCUGCGGGAGAAACACCACAUAAUUGGUUACGAAGCCAUUCUGACCAAAGAGAGCUCCACUAAACAACCCCUGGUUCAUCACAUGACGUUAUUUGAGUGCUCACCCAAUUCCUACCCCGGUUCGGAUCCGAACUCUUGGGACGUUUGGGUCAAGAGCAGCGGAGCAGUAUGCAACAGCAAUCUUCUCACCCCUCGCGAUUGGGACUCUUGCAUCACACCGGUCGCCACGUGGGGCAUUGGUGCGUCUGGACAAUUUCUGCCCGAGCACAUAGGCAUUCCAAUCGGUGGUAACAAGGGAGGCGCCAAAUAUUAUAUGCUUGAAGUGCACUAUGACAACCCACGUGCGAAACGGGUAUUAGAUCAUUCGGGAUUCCGAAUGCACUACACAAGGCACGUACGCCAGCAUGACGCCGGAAUGAUGAUCUCCGGUGUUUCUAUAUCGGAUACGCAAAUGAUUCCACCGGGCCAAAAACUAUACCGAAAUGUUGGAAUUUGUGGUCCUUCGUGUACCGGAGCUGUUUUUCCGCAGGACGGUAUAAACAUUGUAUCGGCUGCUUUACAUUCCCAUGUAGCUGGUCGGAAAAUGAAAUUAAGACAUGUGCGAGAAGGAAAGGAGCUUCCUCGAAUAGUAGAGGAUGAUAACUACGAUCACAAUUUUCAACAGAUCAGACAAUUGGAAAAUGAAACUACAAUUCUACCGGGAGAUUAUUUAAUAACGGAUUGUGCCUAUGAGACAAUUGGUAGAAAACGCCCAACGUUAGGAGGCUACUCAACCAAACAGGAAAUGUGUCUUUCAUUCAUCACGUACUAUCCGAAGAUUGAACUGGCCGGAUGUUAUAGUAUGACCCCUGUAAAAGAAUUUUUCGAAAUAUUUGGAGUUUUUCAGUUCUACUCGAUGAAUAUGACAGACGUAGAAAAUCUGUUUCUCUACAACGGAAACAUACUGGAUCUGCUUCCAACGACCGUGUUUCCGAACUUUGCUCCCGGAGGUGACGUAGAUGACGAACAAAACCAGAUUGCUAUCAAGGCGUUACAGAAUGCCAAAGAAUAUAGUAUAGUGGAUGAAGAAGAUGUCCUCUAUAAAGAAUCAAUACUUAACAAAUUGAUUAUCUCCGACCCUGUGGAAUUCCACGAUCGAACAUUCCUGGCCCAUCUCAAUCAAUUACCGUGGCAGGAACCGUUGUUUACCCGCCGAGUAGAGCAAAGCAUUCUAACGGGGAAACACAUGACAUUCUGUCGGGUUUCAAAUGACUCGAUUUCCGUGGCGGCGGAAAUCUUCAAAUACCCCUCUUUUGAUGCUUAUGUGAAACCACCCAGUCACUGUCCGUUUCACCUGUUUAUGGAUUUCAAUCAGUCAUCGAAAGCGAAAAAACUAUCCAGUACAAAGGCACUGGUGUUACUGUUACUGUUAAUUAUCUAUCGUUAG